AUGGUGUCGAAUAAAGAGGUCGGUGACCCGUGUCAAUUUGACAAAUUAUCAGUGCGUGAACUUAAGAUUAAUUUACGAGAUAGAGGAGCACAUGUGUCAGGAAAUAGACCGGAGUUGAUAAAACCUGCCCGAGGCCUAGUACAAAUCAGAAAACGGACAUUGAAAGAGAUUAAUAUUCAGGACAACAACAACAAACUUGAACAACAGGAGGAAUUAUUUACCACGCCGCUAGCUGAAAAAUUGCCAGAGCCAGGCAGUUUAAAAGGUUGUUGGGAGGACGAUGUGUUAAAAAUUCCCUUCUUCAGGACGCAGGAUUUAUACAAUUACCUUGUGUUAAAUCGUUCACGCACGUUUGACAAUCAGAACAUGAAUGCAAGAAAACAAUUAAAAGCCAAAGUGUUCUACGAAGAUGGACAUGUCCAUAGUGUGAAAUACAAUCAGAUAUCACAUAAAUGUUCCCACUACUACGUAAGAGCAAAGGUCAUUCCGUCCUUACCAGGGUCUGAUGUUAAAAAAAAGGAUUAUGAACCAUGGGCCUGUCUGUCUAAAGUAUCGGGAAAGGUUCAUGCUGCUGGAUGCAACUGUGCUGCUUGGGAGGGGGAAUCCUGCAACCAUGUUGCUGCGUUGCUGUACGCCCUUGUUGAUAUCGGUUCCAAACAGAAGGAUGUGCUGAGGAAGAUCAUUGACAUCCUGGAGGAGGCACCAGUGGUAGAGGACUUCACAAUGGACAUGAAGCAGACUGUUGGAGGAGGGGGCGGAGCUGGUUCCACUCCAGGCCCAGCUCGUAGGAGAGGGGGUUGGGCGAAACAGAUGGGAUGUCUACCUAGAUAUAAACACAGGGAUCCGGGACCUGUGGGACCUGCUUGA